CUUAGGUGAUGCUGCAGCCAAGAUGGCGCCGGCGGCGGCCGCGGCUACCUGAGCGGAAUGCUCCCGGUCCCUGGCGGCAGCGGUGGCGGCUGUGGCCUCGGCCGGGGCCUCAGGUCUGUCCCGGGCGUGAGUGCUCACGCGCCUCUCCUCCGGCCGGGUUAACCCAGACAAAGAGGAGACGGCCACGAAGAGAGGAGGCAGUGAGGAACGGAGAGAGAGCGCGGCGCCCCCCGCUUCGGCACCAUGGCUGGGCUCAUCAAGAAACAGAUCCUGAAGCACCUCUCCAGCGAUCCCUGCUGGCUGUGGUGGAGAUUGGUGUGCUGUGAAUUUCAUAAUCACCCAAAUGAGUACCAGAAGAGUCUAAGAAACCCUGACAACUGACUGCUUGCUUUCACCACGAGUAGGGACCUUUUGUCUGAAUUUCCUGCCCUCAGAUUUACCAAAAAUUUAUCUCCUGACAAGAUAAAUCUAAGUACCCUUAAAGGAGAAGGUGAACUGAAGAAUUUGGAGUUGGAUGAAGAGGUGCUCCAGAAUAUGUUGGAUUUGCCAACAUGGCUUGCUAUCAACAAAGUUUUUUGUAAUAAAGCAUCUAUUAGGAUACCAUGGACAAAACUGAAAACACAUCCCAUCUGUUUGUCCUUGGAUAAAGUAAUAAUGGAAAUGAGUACAUGUGAAGAACCACGAAACCCAAAUGGCCCAUCACCAAUUGCAACUGCUUCAGGACAAAGUGAAUACGGCUUUGCUGAAAAAGUAGUUGAGGGAAUUACUGUUUCUGUAAAUUCCAUUGUCAUCCGCAUUGGAGCAAAAGCCUUCAAUGCAUCCUUUGAACUUUCCCAGCUACGGAUCUAUAGUGUAAAUGCGAACUGGGAACAUGGAGAUUUAAGAUUUGCUCGUAUUCAGGAUCCACAGAGAGGAGAGGUUUUGACCUUUAAGGAAAUAAAUUGGCAGAUGAUUCGAAUAGAGGCAGAUGCUACCCAAAGCUCACAUCUUGAAAUUAUGUGUGCUCCUGUUAGAUUAAUAACCAACCAAUCAAAAAUCAGAGUCACACUUAAAAGAAGAUUAAAGGACUGCAAUGUCAUUGCAACAAAGUUAGUUCUAAUGCUGGAUGACUUAUUAUGGGUUUUAACGGAUUCCCAGUUGAAGGCUAUGGUACAAUAUGCAAAAUCUCUUAGUGAAGCAAUAGAAAAAUCAACAGAACAAAGGAAGAGUAUGGCUCCUGAACCUACACAGAUCUCUACAGUAGCCCCAUCUACCCAGCAAGUGAAGACACCACAGACUUCAAAUGCUCCUGAUCUAAAUGAUGCAAUUGUGAAACUAUUCAGUGACUUUGAUGUUAAAGAAACCUCCCAUCAUUUAGUGAUUUCUCAUCUAGAUCUACACAUAUGUGAUGAUAUUCAUGCUAAAGAAAAAGAGUCAAACAGGCGUAUUACUGGAGGGGCUAUGCAAUUGUCUUUUACACAGCUAACUAUAGAUUAUUAUCCUUAUCACAAAGCAGGAGAUAGUUGUAAUCAUUGGAUGUAUUUUAGUGAUGCAACGAAAAUAAAAAAUGGUUGGGCCAACGAGUUGUUACAUGAAUUUGAGUGCAACGUUGAAAUGCUUAAACAGGCUGUAAAGGAUCAUGAUGUAGGUUCACCUCCUAAAUCCCCAACACAUGCCUCUCCCCAGCACACACAAACAGAGAAAGACUCAACUCUGAAAGGGACUUCCAAAACGCCUACUGUGUUACCUCAAUCCAAAGUUAAGUUAAUGUCUAGUUCUGUUGUGGUUAGACUUGCAGAUUUCAAUAUAUACCAGGUUUCUACAGCAGAACAAUGUCGUUCUUCCCCCAAAAGUAUGAUUUCUUGCAAUAAAAAAUCCCUGUAUCUUCCACAAGAAAUGUCAGCUGUCUAUAUAGAAUUCACAGAAUAUUACUAUCCAGAUGGAAAGGAUUUUCCAAUUCCAUCUCCCAACCUUUAUAGCCAGCUGAAUGCACUACAGUUUACUCUGGAUGAAAGAAGUAUUCUAUGGUUAAAUCAGUUUCUGUUGGAUUUGAAACAGAGUCUUAAUCAGUUUAUGGCUGUGUACAAGUUGAAUGACAAUUCAAAAUCUGAUGAGCAUGUUGAUAUUCGAGUUGAUGGCUUAAUGCUAAAGUUUGUCAUUCCUUCUGAAAUGAAAUCUGAAUGUCAUCAAGAUCAACCACAUGCAAUUUCUAUUCAGAGUUCAGAAAUGAUUGCUACAAAUACAAGAUACUGUUCAAACUGUCGACAUUCUGAUUUAGAAGCUUUGUUUCAAGACUUCAAAGAUUGUGGUUUUUUCAGUAAAACAUAUACCAGUUUCCCCAAAUCUGGUGACAAUUUUAAUCUUCUGCAUCCAAUCUUCCAGAGACAUGCUCAUGAACAAGAUACCAAACUGCAUGAAGUUUAUAAAGGAAAUGUUACUCCUAAGUUGAAUAAAUACACUCUUAAAACUUCUGCUGCCACGGAUGUUUGGGCUGUGUACUUUUCUCAAUUUUGGAUAGAUUAUGAAGGGAUGAAAAGUGGAAAAGGACGACCAAUAAAUUUUGUAGAUUCUUUCCCUCUUUCCAUCUGGAUUUGUCAACCAAAAAGGUACGCAUUGUCACAAAAAUUGCUGCAGACUUGUAAUCAGAUAUCCCUAAAUACAUCACAAAGUGAGUCUAGUGAUCUGACUGGCCGAUGGAAGCGGAAAAAGCUCUUGAAGGAGUAUUAUAGUACAGAGUCUGAUCCCUUGACAAAUGGUAGUCAGAAACCUUCAGAUACAUUUUUAAGAUUUUCCUCUUCAUCAUCAGAGGCAGAUAUUCAUGUCCUGGUUCACAUUCAUAAACAUGUCAGUAUGCAGAUCAAUCACUACCAGUAUCUGCUCCUGCUUUUCCUCCACGAGUCACUUAUUUUGCUUUCAGAGAAUUUAAGGAAAGAUGUAGAAGCUGUGACUGGCAAUCCAGCUAGUCAGACAUCCAUUUGCAUUGGAAUUUUACUUAAAAGUGCAGAAGUGGCUCUUUUGCUUCAUCCAGUAGAUAAAGCAAAUAGUCUUAAGUCUCCUGUUUCUGAAAGUGUGAGUCCAGUGGUUCCUGAUUAUUUGCCUACAGAAAAUGGAGAAUUUUUGUCUUCAAAAAGAAAACAAGUUAAUAGUGGUAUAAAACAAAUUAGAAGUGUAACUGUUAAUCAUAUGUCAGACAACAGAUCUAUGAGUAUUGACCUUAGCCAUGUCCCUUUGAAGGAUUCUUUGCUUUUUAAAUCAGCUAGUGAUACAAAUCUGCAAAAAGGUAUUUCUUUUCUGGAUUAUUUAUCAGAUAAAAAUUUAGGGAAAAUAAGCGAAGAUGAAAGUAGUGGAAUUGCUUGCAAAAGUGGCUCAGGAGAAAUUGGAUCAGAAACAAGUGGCAAAAAGGAUUCGUCUUAUACAGAUUCAAAUAGUGUCUUAAACUACAGAGAAGACUCAAGUAUGCUGUCAUUUGAUGAUGGUGAUAAUCAGAACAUACUUUCAAACAGUUUAACUAGUAAAGGAAAUGAAACCAUAGAGUCGAUCUUUAAAGCUGAAGAUUUGCUUCCAGAAACAGUUUCACUCUCUGAGAACAUGGAAAUCAGUAAAGAAGAAGCACCCACAGUCGGAACACUUAAAUCACAGUCAUCUUUAAGUAGAAAGCCUAAGGAACGUUGCCUACCCAACAUGGCUCCACUCUCUGUUUCUUAUAAGAACGUGAGAAGAAGCCCCUCACAAACCUCACUGGAUACCAUUUCACUUGACAGCAUGAUAUUGGAAGAACAGUUGUUAGAAAGUGAUGGAAGUGAUAGUCAUAUAUUUUUGGAAAAAGGUAUUAAAAAGAACUCAACUACAAAUUACCAGAGCCCAGCAGAUCGGGCAAAUGCCAGUUCAAACCUACAGAAUUAUGGUGAAACCUCUCCAGAUGCCAUCAGUACAAAUUCAGAGGGUGCUCAAGAAAAUCAUGACGACUUGAUGUCAGUUGUGGUGUUUAAAAUUAUUGGUGUUAAUGGAGAAAUUGACAUCCGAGGGGAGGAUAUGGAAAUCUGUCUUCAAGUGGACCAAGUGACACCAGAUCAGUUAGGCAAUAUCAGUCUACGGCAUUACCUUUGUAAUCGUCCAGUAGGUUCAGAUCAUAAAGCUGUAAUUCAUUCUAAAUCCUCUCCUGAGAUUACUCUGAGAUUUGAAAGUGGGCCUGGUGCUGUAAUACACUCUUUGCUUGCAGAAAAGAAUGGCUUUCUGCAGUGCCAUAUAGAAAACUUUAGCACUGAGUUUCUUAUAUCUUCUCUUAUCAAUAUUCAACAUUUUUUGGAAGAUGAAACUGUUGCAACAGUGAUGCCAAUGAAGAUACAAAUUUCUAACACAAAAAUAAAUUUAAAAGAUGACAGUCCUCGUAGUAGUACAGUAUCCCUUGAACCAGCUCCUGUAACUGUUCAUAUUGAUCAUCUUGUGGUAGAGAGAAAUGAUGAUGGUUCUUUUCAUAUCAGAGAUUCUCAGAUGCUUAACACUAGAAAUGAUUUGAAAGAAGAUGUCAAAAGUGAUUCAGUGCUGCUUACCAGUGGAAAGUGUGAUCUGAAAAAACAACACAGUGUCACUCAAGCCACUCAGACGAGCCCAGAGGUUCCUUGGCCUUCUCGGUCAUUCAACUUUCCUGAGUGCUCCUUUGACUUUACUAGGGAACAGCUCAUGGAAGAGAAUGAAUCUCUGAAACAGGAAUUGGCUAAAGCUAAAACAGCUCUUGCAGAGGCUCACUUGGAAAAAGAUGCUCUUCUCCAUCAUAUAAAGAAGAUGACAGUUGAAUAGCAGGAGCGGCAGUCAGAAACUCAAAUUAUAGCUCUGGAGUAUGGUGGUUAUAUUUAUAAUGUGAUGUUACCAAUUAGUGGAAGACUUUCCUUUUCAUGAAAAGACAAUAAAAUGAAAUAGAAUGUGAUGAAGUGGUGACUAUUCCAAAGCCAGUUUAGAAAAUACUAGGUACGGGCAUCUUUUGGUUGUUUUGUGUUUUGGGGUUUAACCCUCUUUUAAACUGGUGUGAUAUAGGGAAGUCAACGCAUACUGUAAAAUAAUUACCUGCCUAAUGAAUAGAAGAUGUCAUUUCCUAAUUUUGAUAUUACAUUAUAGGCAUUUUUUAAAAAGAAAAAUUAAAAUCUAUGUGUUCCCACUAUUUAUCACUAUUUGUUAAUAAUUUACUAUUAUUUACAAAGAUUCAGAUGCUUUUAGGGCUAAUGUAAAAUAAAAGGAGGCUUGCAUUUUAAAUGUUAUUAAAAUUAUGUACUUAAAUCUAUAUUUAAUUACUGUAAAAAAAGUCCAAUCAAAUUAAUAAAUAUCUGAUGGCUGGAUUUGAAAAUUCUAGAAAAUCAUCACCCUACUGCACUUAUGAAGUAACUUGAAAAUAUGAAAAAGAAUCAUUUCAAGUGAUGGGUAAACUGUGUAAGUUGAAGCUAUAAUUUUCAACAAAGAAGAUGGCACAAAUGUUAAAAAUAAAAAACACAG